GCUUGCACACUGCCGAAAGUGAGUGGACCUUGCUCUGGUAAACAUCGACGUUUCUAUUACGAUCGAGAGAGUGGUCAGUGUGAGCAAUUUGAAUUCGGUGGAUGUUUGGGCAAUUCGAAUAAUUUCGUACAUUUAGCCGAUUGUGAGAAACGAUGUGCUGCGAAUUCAGCUCGUUAG